CUUUCUGGAGAAAAGUUUCCAUGGACAACUCACAGAGAAUCCUGGACCAGCCCCUUCCCAUCCCAACUUCCCAGCCCAAGAAGAAAAGAACACCGAUUCUGUCCUUCUUUUCUAAGGUCUCUUGGAAACUGCGAUUCCAGAAUCAGGAGCCUUUGAAGAAUGCGUUUUUCACACUGGCAGAGAGAGCUCGUGAUCCCAAUGCCAAAAAGCGCCAUCUGGCAAUGAGAGGCCUGGGCGCCAUGGCUUGCGAAGCCCCAGACCAGGUGAGGAAGUACAAGAAAAUGAUGCUCGACCUGCUGGUGUAUGGACUGUACGACCCCGUGAGUUUGGAAGUCAUCUACGAGAGUGUGAAGGCCCUGACCAUCAUCCUGGGAAAGAUCCAGGGCAAAUGUCUGGGCUCCUUCUUCAUAGACAUCACCCUGCAGACCCGGACUCUACUAGAUGAUGACAAUGAUGGUGUGAGAUACUCGGCCUUCGUUUUAUUUGGGCAAUUGGCCGCAUUUGCUGGGAAGAAGUGGAAGAAUUUCUUUACCAAUCAGGUGAAGCAGACGCAAGAUUCCCUCCUAACCCAUUUACAGGAUAGAAACCCUCACGUGGCUAAGGCAUGCAAAACAACUUUUCAAGCCUGUUCUCCAUAUCUGAGACUGAAGAAGGACCGCACCUUCCAAGGUGAAGAAGAUCAAAGGAACUCCAAACUCUGCUGGCAGCUGAGCCACUAUCAUCCAGAGCUCCUGCAGUUCUUCUACGCCAAUAAAAUACUCUAAGCGCAGAGAGGCAGGACAAUGGUUCCACAUAAGAAUCUGCCAGGGACAUCCGGGUCCCUCUGUCUGUUUUGUCUCGUUGGAUAUCCCUUUUGCUUGCUUUUUAGGAUUGUAUCAGAAAAGAAGGAGUCAGGUGGGCAAAGGAGGGGGAAAAAUAACACCAUGGAGUCGUGUACCCAUACCCAGAAUAAAAUAUUAGGUUUUUUUUUCUCAUCUUUCAAUUUCUCCCCACCCAAACUUGACCAGAAAUUUCCUUUCUUUAAAAAUAUUGAAAAUUCCUUGAAAAAUAUUGAAGAUAUUAAAAAUAUUGUACGUUCAAUGCUUAAUUCUCAGCCAUUCUCUUCUUCAGUUCAUCCCUGUGAGCUAACUUGGAUUCCUAAGGCUUGAUUUCUCAUCGAAGAUUUAAUUUCUGAUCAAACUUGACCGGGAGGUGCUCACUUUCUUUUAAAAUGUUGAAAGCAUCUGUGGUUCAACCCUUAUUUCUCAGCCACUUUCUUCUUAAAAGUUUAUUCCUGUUCUAGCUUAGCAGAAUAAUUAUCAUCUUAACGUUUUAUUUGCUAUUUAUAUUUGGCUAUUUGCUGUCGAUAGCUAUUCUGGCCAAGAUUUAUUUCAAGCUGGCCAAGAGGGCAAACAUAUGGCUUGCAGUGAUGAUAGUUAGGAGUUUCUCAUCGUCUUUAAAAGUCAUUGCUUUCAAGAUCAUCUUAAAGAGAACCAACCAAAAAAUGUCAAUGUAUUGAAAUUUCUUUGAUGGUAACUU